AUGACAGCAGGAGCAGCUGCAGGCGCGCGGCUUCUGCACCUCCUCCUCCCCCUCCCCCUCCUCCUCUUCCUCGUUGCGGUUCAUCUGAGAUGCGUGGACCCUUUGGCCAUCCCGCACGGCAGAGACCCAGGAGCCGCUUUGGAUGAGGUGGACCAGAACCUGGACGCGAUGGUCUACCUGAAGACCUUACCCCGGGGCCCCGCGGUGGCCCCGCACAAGAAAGCGCCUCAGUUCAUGUUGGAUCUGUUUGACGCGGUGUCGGUGUCGGAUGGGACCCCAAAAAGUCAGAAGGAAAUUCUGGAGGGAAAUAUUGUGCGGAGUUUUGAGGAUAAAGGUCACGCUGGGGAGAGGUUUCACUUUUUCAAUCUGUCUUCUGUUGGCAAAGACGAGAGAAUGAUCAAAGCUGAGUUCCGCUGGUUUAGAAAGAAGCAGGCGUUUUUCCUGGGAAAGUCAUAUGGGCCUCAUUUCUAUAAGGUGGAUGUGUAUGAGGUUCUGGACAGUCGAGUGAAGCCGUGGAGGGGAAACCUCAUCACCUCUAGACUGGUGCCUCUGUACACACAGGGAUGGGAGGUCUUCAACGUCACCCAAACAGUGUCCAAAUGGAUCCGCAACAGCGAAGAGAACAACGGUAUCCUUGUGGUGACCACCCUUCCCUCUGGGACCUGGAUGGAGCUGCCCCUUUAUUCAUCGAAGCCGAGCGGAGAGAUGGCCGACAUAAACGCAUACCUGGUGAUAUUCUCAGACGACGGGAGGACAGGAGCGUCCAACCAGUCAUACCUGGGACAAGUCCAGCCUGCAGCUGCCGUACCUGAGCUCCACACCCACCGCAGCAGCCGGCGGCAACGAGCCGCUCCGGUGGAAACGCCCCACGGCCGCCCCCGCCCCUGCCACCGGGUUCCUCUGUUCGUGGACUUCGAGGAGAUCGGCUGGUCGGGCUGGAUCAUCUCUCCUCGGGGAUACAACGCCUACCACUGCAGAGGCUCCUGCCCGUUCCCGCUGGGGGGGAGCCUCAGGGCCACCAACCACGCCACGGUGCGCUCCAUCAUGCACGCGCUAAAGCUCUCCAGUGACAAUGUGGGGGCGCCCUGCUGCGUACCCGACAAACUGCAGUCCAUCAGUUUGUUAUAUUUUGACGAUGAAGAGAACGUGGUGUUGAAGCAGUACGACGACAUGGUAGCGUUGAGCUGCGGCUGUCACUGA